AUGAGCCUAGUCCCCUUCCUACGAACACCGGCUCACAUCGAGACGUCACAGAAGCAACAACCAAAGUCGACCGCUGCAACUACACAAGAGCGACCAGCGGUUCAAGCUGAGCCUCAGUGGCAGAGCACUUCCCCUGCCAGCGACGAUGAAUUUGUCAUUUCAAUGAGCCAGACUUAUGAACGGACACAACCUGAGCCUUGCUGCGACUAUGGGUCAGCAGAGCGCGAGGAAGUGGAGCUGUCCCUGCGCCGGACUCAACCGUAUCAUGCAGCGGGCUCCACGCAAAACUACGGUCAGCACCACCACGACCUGCUCAUCGCGACGGCCGCAGCUGCUUUGGACAAUCCCGACGCGGCCGUCGUCACCUCUACCGCGGAUGCAUGGGAGGCCUCAGUGGCGCAGGCCAGUGCGCUAGGCGUCGGCUCUGCUUCGGCAGCAACCGUCCUAUUGCCUCACGAUCUCAUACUGGAAGGUCAAGGUUCCAAUCAGCCGGGACACUUAGCCGCAAUCAUGGCCGCGGCUGCUGUGGGGACACGGGGCCAGUCUCGAACAGGGUCUUUCCCGAGCGCCGACAUUCUCAGGCCCCUUCCGUCGGCACUACCGGCAGGGUCAAGUGGCCCCGCGCAGACGCCCGAGCUGCAGGGUAGCGGCGCAGGGGGCAUUGCGUACGGCACUGCGACCGAUGACAUCGCGGAUGACGGUACGACGCCGCCGUUGCAGGUUGGCCUGCCGCUGUUUCCCAUCUUCACCCAAGGGAGAGCACGGCGGCGGCCGCCGAUUCAUCUCAUACGACACGGCGAGUCGGAGUUUAACCUGGCCUGUAAGCGGCGUGGAGGCUUCGGCGACCCUCACGACAUUUUCGACGCUCGACUGACGGCUACGGGCGAGAAGCAGCCGAAGCCUGGCCAGGUACCUCCUGGAUGCGCGACCACCUCGCACUUCACUAAGCGGCUGGCCAAGGCCCUCCGGCCGCAGCUGCUGGACUUGAUGCAGCAGCACGGCGACCCGCUGUUCAUUGUGUCACCGCUGUCGCGCGCCAUCGAGACCUUCCUGUUGAUGCUGCCCGACCCAGAGCGGCUGCGAGUGUGCCCGCAGACGCCGCCGCCCCCCCCGUCCGCGUCCAUGUCCUCAUCACAGAAGCAGCAUGGCCAGUCUCAGCCGCAGUCGCGGCAGCAGCAAGGAGAGGUACAGGGGACUGGCACCUCAUGCACCCCUGGGAUGGCAUCCAAGCCCGUCAACAUGGUCAUCUGCCCAUUGCUGUCCGAGUUCCUCUUAACCAGUGGCGAUGUGGGACGGCCACGGUCGGCGCUGAUCGAGAGCUAUCCGCAGAUCGCCGAGCAGCUGCGCAAGGGCUUGGACAAUGAGCGCUGGUGGUACGAGAAUACAAUUAAGGGGCCAAAUUGCGCCGUUAGCAAGGUGCUUAACAGCACUGAACCCGACAAGUCCGCGAAGACGUGGGCUCUUGUGCGCUCUUUUGAAGUUUUGGAUUCCGUCCGUUGUUGUUUGCAGGCGCGGGUGGACCGCUUCCGUCAGUUUGUGUUUUCGCAAUCACAUCGGCCCAUUGUGGUGGUUGGCCAUGCAAACUUCUUCAAGAGCCUGACCCACGACAGUCAUUACAUGAGCAACUGCCAGAUGAUGGCCUGGGCGCCGUGA